AUGAUUCGGGGCCUGUGCAACGUUGGCAAGGUGGAGGAGGCACUGGCAUAUGUGGAAAAGAUGCGCCGCGACACUAUAUACUUGGAUGCUAUGCUGUUCGAUGUGCUGUUGGAAGCCUGCGUCCAUCAGAAUUUCUUUAAGGGAGCGGAGCACCUUCUGGCGCAGAUGAAGGAGCUGGGCAUGCAGCCUUCCAGCGCCACGCUUGCGACCUGCAUCCGGCUGUAUUCCUCUCGUGGUGAACUGCAGCGUGCCAUGUCCAUUUUCGAUGAUAUGUCGCGAGAAUAUCACUUGCAGCCAAAUGCUUAUGUGUACGGAGCUCUUGUAGCUGCUUGUGUUCGUUGCGGAAAGCCCGACUUGGCGAUGUCCACCCACGAACGGAUGGCUGCGGCGGGGUGCAUGCCAAGUGCCCGGACAUACGAGCUUCUGAUCCAGUGUUGCAUUCAGCUUGGCUGGACCGCCAAGGCUGUUGAGCUCUUGGACGCAGCGCUGGGCCUCCGCACGGAGUCCGAGGAUGCGGUGCCAAGGACCCCGGCUUUUGUUGACCCGAAGGUGGUGGAGGACCUUCUCCUCCUGCUCGCACGCCGCAAGCAGGCUUCAAGUCUGGGCGUUCCUCUUUUAAAGCGCUUGGAAGAAGCCGAUUUCGAGCUCCCGGAGCGGGUCGCUGGCAUCGCAGCUGUGGAGCCCACUUGGGAGUCUCAAAGGCUUUGGAGUUUGCCCUUGCCGCCGGGCGAUUGCAAAUUUCUGGGCAGUGAGCUCGAUGCCACUGGCGAAGGUGACCGAUUUGGGGAACUGGAUCGUGAAUUUGUGUUGACGAAUGUUGUCGCUGUCUUCGACCAUGGCCCGGAAGUCCAAGGUCAGCGUUCUUCUUGGGAUGCUGCACUUUUUUCCGCGGUAUUGGCAUUGGCUCACGCAUACAAGAAUUGCGAGGCGAAGCAUUCGCAUCAUGUGUACUCAGCAGGUCUUAUCGAAAACAAAAAGCAGCGCGAGCAAGGGGAGCAAAAGGUCGGGAAGAGCAAGAAGGCACCACUCAAUGAGACAAAGACAGAUUUCAAGGUGAAAAAGGUGCAGCUGCCCUCACAAAGUGCCUUGGACGAGAAGGGCGAGGAGGUCACGCACAGAAGGCUGGGUCUUGCAGAGCUGCUUGCCCACCUUCAGCAUCAUAGCCCCAAGGUGCGACGCGAUGCGUUGCGAGGUCUCCUGGAACUUUGCAAAGAGCACGACAGUGUUCUGCAGGUUCACCUCUCUCGCGUUUUGGAUUCUUUGGCCAUGGUGGCAACGGAUGGAAGCAUGGAUGUGCGGGCGUCCUUCCGCUCCUUCCAGGCCUACAUGCUAGAGGCCCUUCCCCAGGAUGCAAUUGCGGCCUUUUCUACAAACCUUGCACUUCAGGUACGGAGUGCCCUGUCCCACGUGAGCGCGGAGGUGCGAGAGGAUGGUCUCAAGCUUCUGGAGCUUUACCUGAGCCGGCUAGGCAGCGAACAGGUCCUCAGUCACAACGAGGCUUCUCGUGUGGUAGGGACCCUCUGCCAGCUCCACUCUCAUGUCGACUUGGUCCUGCCCUGCCUCCUGCAGUUGCAACCGUGCUUCAAGCGUUCCGGGACCGCGAAGGAUGGCGUCCUGGAGCCAGGGCGCGCCAUUGCCCAGGUAUCCAUGCAAGACGUCCUGGAAGGAAAGCUGAGAGGGCAACAGCCAGGACUGGAAGGUGCGCAAGCCGGGCAGGCCUGCGUCAUGAAAGACAAACCGCUCCGUCCAUGUGCCUUCAUCCAAGUCAGCGCCGGUUCAAGGGCAAUCUUAUUGAAGCUCCUCAUAGGCAUUGCUGUGAUCCUUGCCAUAGCGAAUACCAUGACACGCCGCAAUGUGCUGCAGGGAAAUGCCACGGACAGUGGUGCGCAUCGUGAAGUGAUGCUACUAUGUGAUGCACUCGAUAUUACCCGAUACCACAUGACUUAUGAGCAUAAGCAGGCGACCUCCCACGUUGGAGCCCCAUUGUGCAAUUGCGGUCAGAUGUGGAUCAACGAAAGCAGGGACAAGGUUCCAGGGAAAGCACUGGGAGACCAGCCAGGUUGGAUCCGUUUGCGCGUGGUGGCCGUCCUCGAGCGCACUCUGGAAGGACUUGUCGCCGGUUCAACGUCUUCCAUGAGUGCUUCGUCCCAGCCGUCGGCCGCGCAGGUCGCAUCGCUGAGCGGCUUGGUCCGUCGUGAGGAGUGGCCAAUGCGAGUGGAUGCGCAGAGCCCGUUCCGCCAGCUCGCGGACUCCAUCAACCUUCGCAUGGCACGCGUCAUGGCACUCUUGGCAUGUGGUGCAGCGCCGGCAGACACAGCACCCAAGCAUUUGCAGCGGCUCGCGCCGGGCCCCAAUCUUCUUGAUGCAGGCUGCACUGGCAGUGCGCGGAAGCCCAGCAGUUUGCUGGAAGAGCGCUCUUUCCUGGCACACUCGGCACUGCCAUGCCUGCAGACCGCAGAGUCCCCCUGCGCAGAGUUGCUCGGGGCCUUGUCUUUCGCUCAAAGUGCUCGUGGUGCAGAAUCCGGUGGCGCGAACCUGGGUGAAGCAGCGUCAGAGCGCUUGGUACCGGGAGGUGCGAGAUGGUUGGGCAUCCAGAACACAACUGAAAAGCUCCGUGCCGUUGUGCACAUCCUGCACCCGCCUUUAGCCUCGCACACAUCUCCGGUGCGACCCGCAGCCGUGACCAGUCUGCAAUGCUACGGCCAAUGCGACCGUUGCGUCCGCUUCACCGAGGCUCAUUUCCAUAGCUGGAGACCCCAGGACCACGACCACGACCAUGUGGACAUGUCGCUGGGCCUGGGCCUGCCUUUGCAUGGAAGCGGCUCCGCGAAGGCUGCUGCGUUUCUGCAGGGUCCACACGACCAGUCGUGGCACGCUCUAGGAUCUCAGUCCGACACGCAGUCGGAUGCAAACCAAGGUUUCAGCGCAGCGGCAUGGCCUAGGGAGAUCAGCGCCCGGCAUGGCACGUCGUUCCUCUUUGACAAGGAGACGAUGUCCAAUGUGGUAGGUGCCAUGAAGGCAACGCCACCUGUCGCGUUAAUACCUUUGCAUGCCGCUUCCAUUGUCUUCUCGUUGCCCGGGCACAUUGCCUUCGAGCUAGGCGAAGGCUACCUUUUUGGCUUCCAGAAGGGCCUCGAGCUGGCCUUCGUUGGGAAAGCCGUGGGAGCACUGGCCGCCUUUGGCGUUGGUCGGUCAGUGGGCUGCUGUCAAGAGCUGCGCGAGUCACUCAGACAGCGAAUGGAGUCUUGGCCCGUGGCGACGAAGGCAGCCAAGAGUGUUGAGCAGGGAGGGCAUGCAUCCGUCUUCCUUGUCAGGAUAGCACCACUCCCUUGCGUUGUCAAGAACUACGCAUUGUCCCUGCUCACGGACAUUCCGUGGAGCAUUUUUGUGCCAGGGACCCUGCUUGGACUCCUGCCGACCACAGCUGCCCACGUUUACGCAGGUACUCUUGCACCCACGUCGGCAGAGCUCAUGAGCGGACAAGGAGCCGCGAUGAAGGUCGUGGCAGCGGCAACCACCAUGGGUGGCGUUGCUUUCCUGGGUUUGUUGGCAGCGUACUGCUUGCAACGGCGAUUAACGGAAAAGCACGAGGACGAGGAAGAGCUUGAGAAGGAGCUGCCCCAGGUAGUUGCGAGGCCUGGGCAGCAGAAGGACGUGGAGACAGUGAAGCUCUUCCGGCCUCAGAAGCCCAGCGAUGCAAUGGUCAAGCCUUUCUCCGUGACGGGCACCCUGAGCCACAGCCUUCAAGUGCUUGACCAUUUGUGGUCCUGCGUGGGUUCCAGCAUCGUGCCCGGACAGGAGCUGUUUCGGCUUUCUGCCUCUGGCGGAGGUUUGAGCACUGCUUGA